GGAAAUGUUAUCUUUGCACAGUGAGGUCUGGUGUAAGUGAGACGUCUUUCUGACUUUGGUAAAGCAGAUUAGAGUUUCAGAGACAAAGAUUUAAAAAGGCUACAGUCAUUUGUGAAGUGAGCUCAAACGUUCAAAAAUGAAAGUUCCUAUAAAACUCCUCGGCUUUGCCUUUUUGGUUUUAUCCUUUACAUUUGUACAAGCUCAAGAAAAGGAAGUAUUUUGCACUACUCCAUCCUUGAAAAACGGGUUCACAGAAAGAGCCUCCAUAAAUGAGAAAGAAAUGUUUUACUCAUGCAAUACAGGUUAUAAACCAUUCAGUGGCAACUGGUGGGAAUCAGUGACAUGCAAAGAGAGGUCUUGGUCUGAUGAGCCACAGUGUAUCAGGAAGGAAGAAUGUGGCGCUUACCCCAAAGUCAAUCAUGGAAAAAUAAAGCAAACAAAAAAUCAUGAUAGAGAAUCUGCAGAACUUGAAUGUGAUCCAGGAUUCAAAUCAACACAUAGCUCGAUUAAAUGUGUCAAGGGUAAAUGGGAGACACCAACCUGUGAGGAGGAUGUGCGUUGUGACAUUCCUCCAGAGGUGGAAAAUGCUGUCAUACCCUCUAAACCUCAAGAAUAUUAUCCUGAAGGAUCUUCUGUAACAUACAAAUGUCGAAACUUAUUCACAAUCAGGGGGCCUAGUAGAGUUUUUUGCCACAGUGCAACUUGGGGAGAAACACCGAAAUGUGAAGCUUUCUGUUCAAAACCUCUUCGGACAGUAAAUAAUGCCAUGCUGGUAGAUGAAAACCAAGACAAGAGAGAAUAUUCACAUGGAGAUAUAGUACACUAUAAGUGUUUAAAGGGGUUUGAUUCGAGGGAGACAACUGCUAAAUGUGACGUACAAACCUGGAUUUACCCGAAAUGUAUUAAAAAAUCUCAGUGUUCCAAACCAACAAAGUACAUGACGUUUGUGACACUGUUAAAUGAGAAAAAUGUGUACAACAACUUUGAAAAUUUGUCAUACAAGUGCAAAAGUCCAUAUGAUAAAAUCCCAGAAGGUACUUGGACGUGUGAAGAUAAAGAAUGGCAUGGAGCAUUUGUCUGCACAAGUGAAAUCUGUCCACCACCACCUCAUCUUGAACAUGGAGACUAUACUGUAGUUAGAAAGAAUGGUGAAGUAAUUACAGAGGUUUAUUAUACUUGCCAAAGAGACUAUGUGCUAGAUAAACAAAAGCAAUAUUAUAAGUGUCAGAAUGGGAGAUGGGAGACCCCUCCAAAGUGUCUGGCGCCCUGUGAAAUUACAUCUGACAGUAUUAAGAAGUACAAUGUACAACCCCCCCAUUAUAAGGUCUAUGUAAAACAUGGUGAAAAGUAUGGACUUUAUUGCAAGUCUGGAUGGAAUAUUGGAGAUUGGGAGGGAUAUGAAUAUCUUUACGUGUCGUGUUCUAAUGGAGAGUUAAAAUCUGACAACACUUGCAAUGCAAGAAACUGGAGGAGAAAAUAAACUGGAGUGGAAACACCUAGUUUUAAGAUCUGAAGAUCCUUCUGAUGUAUCCAGAGCAUGAAGAUGGACAGUUAUAUGAUCUCACAAUAAAUUCUGAACUUCUACUUUUGUCAACAUUGCUUCAGAAUAAUUCUUGACAUUAAAAUUGCAUUCAAACUAU